GUGACAGCGAUUUCAGAACAAGGAACUAAACAACAAUCAACCAACAGUACCAGAGACAUGUGUGGCAUUUUUGCAUAUCUGAAUUAUCACGUGCCUCGCACUCGUCGCGAGAUCCUCGAGGUCCUCAUCAAAGGUCUGCAGCGCCUGGAGUACCGCGGCUAUGACUCCGCAGGUGUGGGCAUUGAUGGAGGAAACAGUAAGGAAUGGGAGACCAACUCUAAGAGCAUCCACUUGAUCAAACAAACCGGAAAGGUGAAAGCCCUUGAUGAAGAAAUCCAUAGGCAACAGGACGUUGAUCUUGAUGUGGAGUUUGAUGUACACCUGGGAAUUGCUCACACCCGAUGGGCCACUCAUGGUGUCCCGAGCCCUGUCAACAGCCACCCACAAAGAUCAGACAAGAACAAUGAAUUUAUUGUUAUCCAUAAUGGAAUCAUCACCAAUUACAAAGACCUUAAGAAGUUUUUGGAGAGUAAAGGUUAUGAGUUCGAGUCCGAGACCGACACCGAGACCAUCGCCAAGCUGGUGAAGUACAUGUAUGAUAACCGGGAGAGCGAUGACAUCCCCUUCACCACCCUUGUGGAGCAAGUCACCCAGCAGCUGGAAGGUGCUUUUGUCCUGGUCUUCAAAAGCAUGCACUACCCGGGAGAGGCUGUUGGCUCCAGGAGAGGAGGUCCAUUAUUGAUCGGUGUUAGAAGUGACCACAAGCUGUCCACAGAUCAUAUCCCCAUCCUGUAUCGCUCAACUGGUAAAGACCAAAAGAGCUGUAACACUCUGCCCAGGAUGGACCAGGACACGUGUCUAUUUCCUGUGGAUGAGAAAGCUGUGGAGUACUACUUUGCUUCAGAUGCCAGUGCUGUGAUCGAGCACACCAAUCAGGUAAUCUUCCUCGAGGAUGAUGAUGUUGCAGCGGUGAGCGAUGGCCAUCUCUCCAUCCAUCGGAUCAAGCGCACAGCAGGAGACCACCCGGCCCGUGCCAUCCAAACCCUACAGAUGGAGCUGCAGCAGAUCAUGAAGGGGAACUUCAGUUCCUUCAUGCAGAAGGAGAUCUUUGAGCAGCCAGAGUCUGUGGUCAACACCAUGAGAGGAAGAGUCAACUUCGAAAACAACACUGUGACCUUGGGAGGACUGAAAGAUCACAUUAAAGAGAUCCAGAGGUGUCGAAGGCUCAUCUUGAUCGCUUGUGGGACCAGUUACCAUGCUGGAGUUGCAACUCGUCAGGUAUUGGAGGAACUGACUGAACUUCCUGUCAUGGUGGAGCUGGCCAGUGAUUUCCUGGAUCGUAACACACCUGUGUUCCGCGAUGAUGUGUGCUUUUUCAUUAGCCAAUCGGGGGAGACGGCAGAUAGCCUGAUGGCUCUGCGCUACUGUAAGGAGAGAGGCGCCCUGACAGUGGGCAUCACCAACACUGUGGGCAGCUCCAUCUCCAGAGAAACAGACUGUGGCGUUCAUAUUAACGCUGGACCUGAAAUUGGAGUGGCUAGCACCAAGGCGUACACGAGUCAGUUUGUGGCUCUCAUCAUGUUUGCCCUGUUGAUGUGUGAUGACAGAAUAUCCGUACAGCCUCGGAGACGAGAAAUCAUACAAGGCCUCAAAGUGCUACCAGAUCUGAUCAAGGAGGUGUUGAGUCUGGAUGAAGAGAUUCAGAAGUUGGCGACUGAGCUAUAUCAGCAGAAGAGUGUUUUGAUCAUGGGCCGAGGCUACCACUACGCCACCUGUCUGGAGGGUGCUUUGAAAAUUAAGGAGAUCACAUACAUGCAUUCAGAGGGGAUUUUGGCAGGAGAGCUGAAACACGGACCUCUGGCUCUGGUGGACAAACUCAUGCCUGUGAUCAUGAUCAUCAUGAGGGACCACACAUACACAAAGUGCCAAAACGCACUGCAGCAGGUGGUGGCGAGACAGGGGCGUCCUAUUGUGAUCUGUGAUAAGGAGGACUAUGAGACCAUAAAGAACUCCAGUCGCACCAUUAAAGUGCCUCAUUGUUUGGACUGCCUUCAGGGAAUUCUCAGCGUCAUCCCACUGCAGCUGCUCUCCUUCCACCUCGCUGUCCUCCGUGGAUAUGACGUUGAUUGCCCAAGAAACCUGGCCAAAUCGGUGACCGUAGAGUAAACACCUCCCAAACGAUGGCCUAAAACAUACACAAAUACCAAGUACAGACUAUCAAAGACAUGAAGACAUUUGAACACUCUUAUCAGUUUUCUAUAUGCCAGCUUUCAUAUUAUAAAAUAAUCUAAAGUUUAUCUCUGUAUAACUGUAUCUCCUCUCAAUGCAUGAUUCUGGAAUCAUAUCAUUGCCGUUGACUGGAUUGUGUUUUUCUUUGUGGUGGCAUGGUAUGGGGUGGCAAUGUAAUAUCUGCCCAUGCACAAAAAAAAAAACAAAAAAAAAAAAACAUCUCAUGAAACAUCUCUUUAUUAGAUUUACCUUAAGAAAAAAAUAAAAACAAUUCCACAGUCUUGUGGUAUGUGGCACUGAAGCAAACUCUGAAUCAGUGCUUAAUGUUAAUUUGCACACUUAUGUUUAUCUGCUGCUAUUUAAGGGAAAAUCUUGUUACUGAUAACUUUUGCAUAUUUCGUUUAUCCAGAAAUGAUUUCUGAUUAUCUGAAAUAUUAAAUGCAUAUAGAUUUCCUGUUUCCACAGUUAACCUUAGUGCAUACGGUGACCUUUAGAAUGAUGUAUUCAAUAAUCUGAAAUUGCAGUUGUUCAAUAACUGCUAACAUCUAUGAGUGUCUAGCAACAUCACUACAUACAUUCUGUCAUGCGCAGAUCUGACAUCAAGUAAAAUGAGUCAUCUCAAUGCAUUGCUUUGUGAGUUUCAAACGUAAAUUUUAUACUCAAUUUUCUUUUUUUGACAAAAAAACGGCCCUGUUGUCUCUCAUCAAAGGUUUCAUACAUUCUUGUGGCAAAGAAAUGAUUGAAAGUACAGUUUGUCAGAAUGAAAGGUAAAAUGUCAAGGGAACGGUCAUAUUUAAUGAUGACAAUCCCUGUAGAGAUUAUGUACAUGAAGGGUAAAAUAUGAAGUAAACGUAUGUGUUGUUUUUGUUCAUGAAGUUUUUGGCUUUUGGAAUUUUUUAUUUUUUUUCCCUGCUGGAUUGUUCAGAGGCCUUGUAAUAAAGGAGAAUGAAUGUUGGUCUCCAGUUUACAGUAGUACAGCCAGUAGACUUGAUAAAUAAACACAAAAACAUGAAGUAUAAACUGUUACGUUAUACGGCGCAUGUCCUAUACAAUGCCACCUUAAUUUGUUUCAUUUCCAUUGGACCAUUUUUUUGUCUUUUGUCUGUCAUUUAUGUUUUUAUUGGGUAUAGAGGGGAUCUAAUUUUUUUGGCAAUCAAAAUGUUUAUGUACUUCCUUUUGAUUCAAAUAUGAAUGUGAUUUUUAAAUUUCAUGAUUAUGCCCAUUAUGCACUAAAUUAUCAACAUUAAACCAAAAAUGCCUACUUCAUUAAUGUUGUGGAACCAAAGGUGUGUCUUUUUGAAUUGUUUGAAGAAACCUCACAUGGGACAAUAGUAAUAAAAGUAAAAUUACAGCCUUA